AUGAGCGACAGGAAGCGCGAUGCGGAAUGGGAGGGCGGCGCGAAAGAAUGUCCUUACACCUCUGACACCAACUUUCACACCAUGCCCAUGCUCGACCACCUCGGCAUCAACGUCACGGACUAUGCCCGCGCCAAGGAGUUCUACGGCACUGUGCUCGCCACUCUAGGCAGCAGCAUGCAGAUGGAGCCCGUCCCAGGUGUGAGCGGCUGGGGUCCUAGCCAGAUGGACCCUGCGUUCUGGAUCACCGAGAAGCCCGUCACUGGGCCUGCGCACGUUGCCUUUUCGGCCAAGAACCGCAAGGAGGUCGACGCGUUCUAUGAGGCUGCGCUCAAGGCUGGUGCUAAGGAUAAUGGCAAGCCUGGCAUUCGCGCCGAGUACCACCCCAACUACUACGGCGCUUUUGUUAUUGACGCCGACGGCCAUAAUAUCGAAGCCGUGUGCCACAUGCCCGAGUGA